AUGGAAUCCCUCGCCCGCGGCCGCACCAGCCAAUUCCACUCCCUCCACACGCGCCAACGCCAAAUCGCGCACGCGCGGCACACCCUGCGCCGCGCCCGCCUCACCCACCGGCAGCGCCUCCUCACCCUCUCCACCAUCAAACCCCCCACCCAACCCUUCUCCUCCACCCACCCCGCCGCCGCCGCCGCUUACAAAACGGCAAUCAAGCGCCUCAAGUCCACGCUCAAGCAAGAGUACAAACAAGCGCGCUCGCAGCACCUGCGCGCGAUCCACCUGUGGGAGCGGGAGGUGGGGGAGCUGCUGGUGUUCCUGAGCGGGCCGGGGUAUGGGCGCAUGGGGUGGGUGUGGGAGGGGGAGGAGCCCGAGGAGGGGGCGGUGGGGGAUGGGGAGUAUGUGCCCCCGCCGGUGGAGGAGGAGGAGGAGGAGGAGGAGGAGGAGGAUGAUGACGACGACGAAGAGAUAGAGAUGGGGGGGGGGGGGGGGGGAUGA